CUCAAAAAAAAAAAAAAAAAAAAAAAUCUGAUUCUCCUGGCAACUCACUGCGCCUCUCCUUCUAACCAUUCACAGUCUCGUUCCUCUACACCUUGCCAUCGCCUCCGCGCCCUUGGUCGUCGCCUCCGCAGCAGUCCUGCUCUUCAACAUUUGCGCUAGGAAAAGUGCAAUGAAGCAAUCGAAAGAUCCAUUUGAGGCAGCAUAUGAGGAGCAAGUGGACACGCCGUCACCGCCUGAUUCUCCCAUUGGCCCUGAUGAGUUGGAGACUCAAACUCCUGCUGCUGCUUCUCAGGACCCUGCUGCUGUUCCAGAAUAUGAUGACAUUGGAAGUGCUGGUGUCCAUCCUGCUGACCCAUCCACUUCUAUGCCUAUGUUGCCUGCUGUUAGAAGCAAAGCCAAGAACAAAGAAGAUGAUGACGAUGAAUAUGAGGAUAAUAUGGAAGUUGAGCUCUCUAAGUUCCCUUCUAGUGCUGACCCAGAUAAAAUGGCUAGAAUGCAGGCUAUUUUAUCACAGUUCACUGAAGGACAAAUGAGCAGGUAUGAAUCAUUCCGCAGAUCUGCUCUUCAGAAGGCUAACAUGAGAAGGUUGUUAGUGAGCAUUACUGGAUCACAGAAGAUUUCUUUACCGAUGACAAUUGUAGUUUGUGGAAUAGCAAAAAUGUUUGUCGGUGAACUUGUUGAAACAGCUAGGAUGGUGAUGACAGAGAGGAAAGAAUCUGGGCCAAUCAGACCUUGCCAUAUAAGAGAAGCUUAUAGAAGACUAAAGCUCGAAGGCAAAGUGCCAAGGAGAUCGGUACCGAGGCUUUUCCGGUGAUCAAACUUUGUUGGUUGACUGCUCAGGUCUUCUUCUUUAUAUUAAUUUCUUUGGCACUUGAUUUGAUGAUAUUAAUCUCUUAUUUUUUUAUUCUUCAGUUUGUACAAAAUACUUAAUUAGCUUUCACUCGUCCAGUACUUGUAUUAGACUAUUAUUUUUCAACUUAAAUGUAAAAAUUAUCUGGAAAGUCCUAUAAUCUUGGUUUUUACUGCGUCA